GACCCUCAUUCUUCACCAGCCAAAGCCAUUCCAUAUUUCGUUCGUUUAGCCCUGUGUGAUUUGCUUUGGUUAAAAGACUUGGACGCGUGUUUUUAAUUUUUCGAGCGUUGAACAUAUUCUAGCUUGGACCUAGGAAUUUAACUUUUUAGCACCAUUUUAUUUGUAAACAAAAACAAACUAUGGAUUGCAGUUUGGAACUGGAUCCCGCGAAUGUUUGCCGCGUCUGCCUAGAGCCCCAAGAGAACCCCCUUUCUAUUUUUACAAAGCACAUAAUCGAAGGAAGCAUCAGAACACUUCCUGAAAUUAUUUUAUCAUGUUUCGAUGUUGACGUAUCAUCAAAUCCUAAUCUCCCAAAGCAUAUCUGCGAAACGUGCAAAAGUUCCAUUAUUCAGUUUUUCAAAUUCAAGGAGAAUGUGGUCCGAACCGAGAAGCUACUUACCGAUAUUUUUAAAACCGAUGAUGAAGUUGUAUUGAAAGAAGAGUACUUUGAUGUCGAGGAUCGUUUAAGCGACGCUCCUGUUGACAAUGUGCCUCUCGGAGUCAAUAACGAAACCGAAGCCGACGCCGAUGAAUAUGAAGAUCAAUAUGUAGAAGAAAUCCAACUGAGCGUUGUUGAUGAACCCGAAUAUAAGAUUCAAGAAAUCGACGAACAGGAAUUCAAAAUCCAAGAGGAUGAAGAAGAAGUUUACGAAUUGGAGCAUAUAAAUGCGGAUAAGCACGAAGACGAAGAAAACGAGAUUGCUAAUUUGGAGUUCAUAGACGAUACAACUGGGGCCUACGGAGAAUUCAACGAUGAGACCUACUUGGAAGAAACGGAACAUUCUAAUGAUGAGACGAUUAUGGUCAUUGAAAAGGAUCUCGAAGCCGAAGAGGAACAAAUGCCAAAGAAAAGACGUUACCGCAAGGCUAAUAAAGAUGGUGAACACAGAUCUGCCCUCACUCUCAUGUGCAAGAUCUGCAACAAGCGUAUACAAACAGAAGAUGAAAACCAUGACCAAUUGCAUGAUUACUAUGCGAUGAUUAUUGCCUCCGAAGCCGUUCUGCAAUGUUUCCGAUGCUCGCAUGUUUUUAUUUGUCCCGAUGAGCUAAGGUCACAUUUGCAACAGAUUCACUAUGAGAAUAACCAAGAGGAUGAGGAAAUGUUCAAUGAUCUGCAGCUCUUGGAUGAGGAUACGAAGAAAGAAUUUUGGGUUUGCGGUACCUGCAAUACGGACUUUGUGAGCAUAAGUGAUUUGAAGAUGCAUAUGGUUACGCAUAUGUCCAAAUUGGGUUGUCCAGUUGAUGAAUGCGGCUUUGAGUACGCAAACUUUCAUUACUUCUAUCAACACAUAAGGAGGAAUCACUUGUCAACGAAGCUGCUUUCUUGCAAAUAUUGCGGCAAGGAGGAUAUUCCAGACUUUAGGAGCUUACAAAAUCACUACCGAUUGGAGUGCUCGGCAAAGAUGUAUAAGUGUGAAUUUUGCAGUCGAACAUUUUUCACUGACAAAUCAUGGAAAACGCAUGUUGAAAUUCGGCACAUCGAAAAGAAAUUCGUGUGCGAACUAUGCGGCAAAUCAUUUGCACAAAUAACUGAAUUGAAAAUUCACACCCGAAUGCAUACCGGCGAACGUCCAUUCGAAUGUACGAUUUGCAAAAAAGCCUACAAAACAGCCAGCGGUCGUGCAGCUCAUAUGGAUUCACAUUCAAACAAUGUAUUUCCGUGUGAUAUUUGUGGAAAACAAAUGAACUCAAGACGAAACCUCGUUACUCACAUUCGCAGACAUACCGAAGAGAAAAGACUUAAAUGCGAAGUUUGUGGCAAGAAAUUCUUUACAAAAUAUCAUUUGAACUUACACGCCUCGAAAUUACAUAAUAAAAGCUAAGCUCUAUAAUACAUCUAUACUUAUUGUUUUGUAUUAUUUUUUUUAUAUCAAUAUUCAUAAAAGAAUGUGUAACCAAACUUUGUUUUUAAUAAGCCAGUACUUUAAAUAAUGAAAUAAAAAUAACACUAAAUUAUAAAAUAUAUAAAGAGCAUAUAAAAUUACUGUCAAUAUCUUGUCUCAUGAACAAUUAAGUAUAAUAUUUAAUGUAAGUACUUUAAUGAAAAU